UUCGUGUUUCCUCUCUUUAUAUAUGCUUAUGCAUGCCUUGUUUGUCCCAUUUCCUCCUCGUCUCGUUCUUCCUUUUAAACCGAACAUAUCCCCCCCCCCUCGGCUCUGCUCUGCUCACAACCACGCUUCCAUUUUCCGUUUCACAGGAAAAAGAAGCACGAGAGAGCCCCCAAAAAACCCUUUUUGUGAUUUCUGAUGGCUGUCGACGCUAGCUCUGGCCAUCUCAAUCUGUUCGCUCUCCACCACUUCUUGGGUAACCGAGAGCUCCUCCUCAACCCGAUGGACGCCAUCCCGGACCCGUACAACGCCGCCCAGUUGGGUUGCGGGCUGCCGCUGUCGGGAACCACCACCGCCACCGACUCUCUGCCGCUCCUCCAGCAGCACGGCUCUCUCAUCAGCGACUCCCUCCCUCCCAAGGCCGUGAUGAAGCCAUCCGACAGUGGCCUCACUCACAACCUGCCCUCGGUAUCCAGGAAGCGAGGCAGGGACUCCAUCAACCCCGUCCUCUCCUACGGGACGUCGUCCCCGGACAGCAAGACUCGCGCUUGCUUCUCUUUUCUGGGGGAAGACGUGUCCAUGCAGAUCCAACAGCAGCAAUUGGACAUCGAUCGUCUCAUUUCUCACCAUAUGGAGAAGGUGAGGAUGGAGAUAGAGGAGAGGAGGAAGAGGCAGGCGAGGAGGAUAGUGGGGAGGAUAGAGGAGGAGGUGGGGAAGAGGCUGAGGUCCAAGGAGGAGGAGAUCCAGAAGAUUGGGAAGCUCAACUGGGCGCUGGAGGAGCGGGUGAAGACGCUGUGCGUGGAGAACCAGAUUUGGAGGGACCUGGCCCAGGCCAACGAGGCCACCGCCAACGCCCUGCGCACCAACCUCGAGCAGGUCCUGGCGCAGGUCGGCACGGACGACCUCCCCCGCGGCGGUGCCGCCAUGGACGAUGAGGCUGACGACGCCGGGUCGUGCUGCGGGAGCAAUUACGACGGGGAGGGGGAGGGGGAGGGGGAGGAGGAGAGCCGGAGGCGGGGGCUAGGGGAGGCGCAGCAUGGUAGGAGGAGAGGGAGGGCGGCGACGACGACGUGGUGCCGGAAGUGCGGGAAGGAGGAGGCGAGCGUGCUGCUGUUGCCGUGCAGGCACUUGUGUUUGUGCGCGGUGUGCGGGUCUUCCCUCCAUACUUGUCCCCUCUGUAACUCUCCCAAAUCCGGGAGCGUCCAUGUUAAUCUGUCCUAGAUCGUUUUUUUUUUUUUUUUG